AUGACAAUGAAGUCCAUCCCCCUCCUCCUCUCCCUCCUUGCCUUGAUUGCUUCUCCUGCCUUGGCAUCUGAUCCAAGCCCCCUCCAAGAUUUUUGUAUCACAGACCAAUCAGGCCAAGGUGUUCCAUUAAAUGCAGUGUUUGCCAAUAAUGGCAAGGUGUGCAAGGACCCUAAGUUGGCACAAGCAAAUGACUUCUUUUUCUCCGGGCUCGACAAGCCUGGCAACACGACCAACGCGUUGGGCUCGAAGGUGACCCCCGUAAAUGUUGCACAACUAGCAGGGCUCAGCACUCUCGGUAUCUCAAUGGUACGCAUAGACUAUGCUCCAGGUGGUCAGAACCCUCCUCACACCCACCCUCGUGCCACAGAGAUCCUGACGGUUUUGGAAGGCUCCCUUUACGUCGGUUUCGUGACAAGCAAUCCCGACAACCGCUUGAUUAGCAAGACUCUUCAAAAGGGAGAUGUGUUUGUUUUCCCUCAGGGCCUCAUCCAUUUCCAACAGAAUGUGGGCUAUAAGAAUGCUGUCGCCAUAGCAGCUCUGAGCAGCGAGAAUCCUGGGGUGAUCACUAUUUCUAAUACGGUUUUUGGAUCGAAACCAGCCAUCUCAACUGAUGUGUUGGCUAAAGCUUUCCAAGUUGAUAAGAUGGUGGUGAACCAAAUCCAGUCACAAUUCUAAAUGGACAAUAA